AUGGCGGCGGAGCUGGGGCAGAAGACGGUGGAGUUCUCGGAGGUGGUGCGGAGGGCGACGGAUGAUUCGUUCCUCGCGCUCAGGGAGCUGGUGGAGAGGUCCAAGGUCGCCGAGGAGCAGUCCGACUCGCAGAAGAAGAUCGACCUCCUCAAGUACAUUUUCAAGACCCGGCAGCGGAUGCUGCGCCUCCACGUGCUCGCCAAGUGGUGCCAGCAGGUAUGUGCCUCCUCUGCCUCUCGAGAACCCGGUCGCGGCUGGUCUCCCUCGCGUGCCCGCCCCUCCCCAGGGUUCAUCCCAGGGUUUGUGGGAUUGAACGUGAAAAGGGUUUAAUAGGAAACUUUAGAGCGUCGAAGGAGCAUAGAGGGGCUCAGGUUGCGGGGUUUGCAGUUUGUGCCCAUUAAUUCUGUGGAAACCUGUGACCUCUUCUGGAAAAUCCAUCCUGAGCCGUGUAGCAUCCAAAUGGUGGUCAAACUAUUUCGUCAAGUUCAUGAAACGAAUGAAGUGCCAUAGAAACAAACCUGAAGUCGUGUGACCUUCAUCAUCUGCACAUAUAUUCAAAGAACUGCAGCUGGCCACAAAGAAUUCACGUACCAUCUGUUCCUUCGUAUUGGAUACCCAUUGAUUGGGGAUACAGGAAAAAAAAUCAGUCGGUAUGCCUGCCGCUUGGUGGCAUCAGACUUAAAUGAUUCCUUGAGUAUCUAUUCUUUUCAAUCGACCUUUACCUUAAGAAUCUUAAGCAUAAUUCAAUGUUUGCAGGUUCCAUUGGUUCAUUGCUGCCAACAACUCGCAGAAAUCCUUUCAAGUCACGAUACCUGUUUUACACAGGCUGCCGAUUCACUGUUUUUCACGCAUGAAGAGUUGCAGCAGGCUCGUGCUCCUGUUUAUGAUGUCCCAUCUGCCGUUGAAGUUCUCCUUACAGGAAGUUACAGACGACUACCGAAGUGUAUUGAGGAUUUAGGGCUUCAGACAACACUCACUGAUGAUCAGAAAAAGCCAGUGCUAAAGAAUUUGGACACACUCCUCCGUUCCAAACUUCUUGAAGCCAAACUUCCUAAAGAGAUAUCUGAAAUUACAGUAUCUAAUGGUACUGUACUCCUGCGUGUGGAUGGAGAGUUCAAGGUUCUUCUUACUUUGGGUUACCGAGGACACCUAUCAAUGUGGAGGAUAUUGCACUUAGAAUUGCUUAUUGGUGAAAAGAAUGGCCCUGUGAAGCUUGAAGAGCUACGAAGAUAUGCUCUUGGAGAUGAGCUAGAACGCAGAAUGGCAUCUUCUGAAAAGCCAUUCACUAUUUUGUACUCUGUUCUCCAUGAGCUUUGUGUUGCCCUUGUUAUGGACACUGUAAUCAAGCAAGUUCAUUUGCUACGCCAAGGCAGAUGGAAAGAUGCGAUACGGUUUGAGCUUAUUUCUGAUGGUGGUCCUGGACAGAGUAGUACUGUUGGUCAGAUUUUGCCAACUCAAGAUGGAGAAUUUGAUUCAGCUUCUCAGAAAACCCCAGGUAUAAAAAUUAUGUACUGGUUAGAUUUUGAGAAGACUGCUGCAGGAGUAGAUUCUGGUUUGUCACCAUUUAUCAAAAUUGAGCCAGGUCAAGAUCUACAGAUGAGAUGCGUCCAUAGUGUCUUUGUCAUAGAUCCAAUUACUGACAGGGAGGCAGAAUUUUUACUUGAUCGAAGUUGCAUUGAUGUUGAGGGACUGCUCCAAAGGGCUAUUGCCUGCAACAAACAUACUCGUCUACUUGAAAUACAAAGGGACGUAAUGAAAGUUGCUCAAAUCUUUCAGGCUGAAGGUGAUGUUGUUCUCAAAUGCCAAGAAGAUGCAAUACUUCAGGACGCAAACAAGGUUGGUGGAAUGAUGAAUGACUUUACUUUUAUAUGUAGUAUAUGCGUCAAUCUGUUGUCUAUAGAUGGCCAUCCCCAAUGAUGUGGAAAUUAAAACAGUUGUUAAUUCCUGAGAGAAACACAAUCAUAACUGUAAACCUGUAACCCAAUUUUUCAGUGUUAACUUUAGAGCAGCAAAACACGGUUCUAAAAGGUACAAGAUUAAGUUGUCGACGAUAAGAUAGAUAUUCUUAGUUCAAUGAGCUUAGGGAAAUAAUCUGCCUUUUAAUACAUUAAAAAAGAGGCUUUUGAACGGAUUCCCUAUAAUCAAAUCAUGUGGUUGUUUUGAAGUUUUCGUAUAAUUAUUUUUGUUUCUUUCUUGUGUUUGAUCGUAUAUUUGUUAUUGCUAAUGAAAAUUAGCUGACUGGAUCAUAAUCAAAGGGGAUGCCAAUUUGCAUUGAAGCACUUGUGCAUGAAAAUAGUGCUUGAUAUAUGUAGAUUGCAUGUAGGAAAAACGUUCACGUAUCGUUUUCAGUAGUUUAUCAGAAUUAAAUCUGUUGUUAUUUUCUAUCUAUCAAUGGUAGCAUUCGCAAUCUCAAACCAGAUCCAUGCCACGAAUUAGUUUUGAUGUUGGCCUCACUAGGAUCAUCAGUCAAUAGCAUUCUUAGAUUGUUGGAGCAGGUUUUGAACUCUAAUACUAAAUGACGUUGUCGUGGUGUCGGAUCAAAUUCUUGACGAAAGUUUUUAAGUUUGAUGUCAAUGUUGUCAACAUUGUACGUUCAAGAAAUUUUGUUGAUUGAAUUCUCCCGGGUUGUACUCCUGUUGUUUAUACUAAUCGUCAUCCAAUUGUAGUGUAUCGUUGGUGAAUAAGGUGGUUAGUUAUUUGUGGAUUUUUGUUGAUGAGCAGAAGACUGAUCUUUGCACAUUGGUGCUGGCUGUCAUAUAUUUGUUCUGUUCUAAUGAAAAAACAUUAGAAGGUAUAUCAUUCAGUGAUUGAGUGGACCCUUAAGAUGAAAGUUAAAUGUAUUUAUGUUGCUAUUCUGUUAUUUUGACUUUUGUUAUUAUGAAAGUGGGUGUUACAUUGCAAUCGUUGAUUAAACAGAAAGAAAGAAAGAAUGUAAAAGUGUGGGCCCUGCAGGCUGUUGCCUUGACCGCCCUUUCCAUUUGGUCUAGUUUCAGAGAGGUCCUGUCAUUGUCAGGGUUGGACAGAUUCAGAAAAGUUACUACCCAGGAUCAGAGGCAGCGUAUCUAGAUCAGCGGGAUUUAUUUCAGAAGCCAAUUCAUGUGGUAGCAGUUUGAUAACCAAUUAGAACUGGAAUACGCUGGGUUAUCUAAGUUUACCUGAGAUAACCUAACUUCCCGAGGUUGAUAAGCUUGGAUGACUGAGCGAGUCAUAUGAGGUCCAGUUAGGGGAUACAUGCAGAUAAAGUCGCAUCAACUUGUUUGACCAAAAUGGUCGAAUAGUGGAACUCAGUCUGGUUAACUUAACGCUGGUGUUAUCAGAUUGAAAAAAAAAGUGACCUAAGUUGAGUUAUUACAGAGAUAGUGUGUUGUCGAACUGUGCAAAUUUAAUGUCACUUCAGGGUUGAGGGAAGUGCGAAAGAUUCAAUGGAGUCAACAUAACUAUGGAAUGGUCCUUUUUUUUAUACUAGAGUAAGGGAGGAGACUAUAGUCUGAAUUUAGCGAUUUACAUAAUUGUUGUAUGCGUGUAGUUUUAACAGGAUUAUGCAGUCUUGAUGUUGCCUCCAUUUCGUAUAUGUAGAGUUGUUUUAGGAUGCAUUUCAAUUACAUUUUUUUAUCUAUUAUGUAUUUCGGUAAUAUUUUUUUUGUCAUUGGUUGAGUGCGUUCUUUUAUUAUACAUACAAUUUGUUUCAGUGUUUAGUUUGCUAGGUUCAUUCUUUUAUAUUUAUGGCGUAUAACAUGCUCACAGAUAUAUUAUUUAUUUUUACUGGUGAUAUUUUUCUGUAGGAGUGCUGGGGGGAUGAAGUACUAUGUGUCCGAGCAUAUGGUUCACUUUACAUAACUCUUGGAAUUAACAUAAGGUAGUUAUCUCUCUUGUUCUGUUUUGUUUUUCUACUUUUUUUUAUCUGGUUUUUACUUUUCCUACACUUGUUUGCAAUCCAUGAUCUAGAUCUAUAUUCUAUUUUAUUUCAUGUAGUUGUUGUGAUCAUUAAAAAAAGAACGUACAAUUAUUGUGGAUUGCGACCCUCAAAUCCCCAACCCAGCAAUGCACCAGGGAAAAAAGAAAAGAAGAAGAGGAAUAUUAUAUCUUCUUGGUAGUUCUCCCAUUAACAAUUUAACGGUUAAAAAAAUCUCAUAUAUAUAUAUAUUUAAAAAGCAUAAUGGGAAAGUACAUAUGCGAGCCUUCAAACUUGUUUGUUGUGUUCUCAUGCAAAGAAUUUUGUUUCCACUGCCAUGUAGAUUACAUCUUUUACUGUUAUCGAAAGCAAAAGAGAACAUAUGAAGUUCUUAAUCCUGUAAUCCUAUGAAGCUUAAUCAUUUAUUUUCUGCAUCCUAUUGUACCUUUGUUAAGAAAUGUAGGCAUCUUUAUCUUUUCUUUACAUAUAGACCCAUCCCUGCCCUGACCAAAAUGGCUUUUCUUUAUAUGUAGAAAUGUAGUUCUCUUUUCUUUACAUCUCAUUGGCCUUCCAUUACAUAUAGAAAAGUGCGUGGAUGUAUGCUCUUCAUCUUUGACAGACCCAUUUCCUGCACUUAACAUUGCUGGUCAGUCCCCGAACACUUAACAUUGCAAACUAAUGAUCGUGUCUCUUUCCUCUUUAGUUACGAUGCUCAUAGCGCCUUUUAUAGUCCAGAAGACUCUAGUUUUCAUGGUUUUGAAAUACUUUACGUCACAUCAAGUGCCAUUUCCUAUUCUUUCCUGCAAGCUAUGGGCGGUCUGUUCAAAUUCUUUUUUUAUUUUCUCUUCCUCACAAUGUUCUCAGUUCAUUUGGGCUUGUCUUUCCUAGUUCAUUUGCAAUAUCUGCAGUGUAGCUUGUACCAUCUGCUAUACUUUUUUGUAUAGUGAGUUCAAGUCUUUUAAUCCUCUCUAUGUGAAUCAAGCAACAUGAAUCAUCCUGGCAAAGUUUCUCCCGAAUUUGGUCAGUGAAAGUGCUGUGCAAAUUGAUGUGCUCUAUCAAGUCCGCAUCAUAAUUAUGAACGUAACACUCAUCCUACAUGUUAGAGAUACAGACGGAAAACAGGUCAGAACAGCAAAUUCAAUUUGGUCAUCCUCAAUACCAAUAAUUUUUAUGGAUGGAUUUUGAGCUGCAAUCAUAGUGAACAUCUGAUCUGUGUAUGUGGGAUAAACUUAGGAUUGCAGCAAAGUCAGUCAACCAACAUAUCCAGUGCUUGCCCAAAAAAUUUAUGUUUUAAUGUGGAACACUCGUUGGUUUCCCCAUUUUAGCUAUUAAUCUGCAUGGUUUUGGAGAGUGAAUGAUUACCUGUUCGGACAAAUUCUCUGCCUUAUUUGUGUUAUAGUCUGGACAAGGUGAGCGUUUUUUAUUGUCUUUUUAUUGUUGGAACGUCCAUUUAUUAUUCCAUGCUUUUGUCCUAGUUAUGGAUUCGUUUCAUAUAUUCCCAUGAUUUGUUCGACUAUAUAACUGAAUUAUAUUCUCUUCAUUUCAUUUGCUUGUGCAUUUAUUUGGUUUCCUUUGCUUGAUGCAGGAGUGGGCGUUUCCUUCUUCAGUCUUCUAAAAAUAUCCUUGCGGGAUCUGCUUUGUCAGAUUGUGAAGAAGCACUAAACCAAGGGAGUAUGACCGCAGCAGAAGUGUUCAUAAGCUUGAGAAGUAAAAGUAUCCUGCAUUUAUUUGCAUCAGUUGGCAAGUUCUUGGGACUUAAGGUAUUCAGAUUCAUAUUGUGAUUCGUGUAGUUCUAUUAUGUCAUUGAAACAACUGACUUAAUAAAAGCCUUCGUUUAGUACUUGGGAAUUUUUAUUGGAUGCCUAAAAAUUUUCGUUUUACAGCCUGAAUUUCGUUUAGUUGUACAUUAUGAUGGUCAGGUGUACGUUCAUUUUACUUCUUGGAAACUUGCUCGACCUGUUCCUUACAUCACUAUCACAUUUCAUGAUACUUUAUCUGUCUAUGCUUGUAUGUUUGACUGGAAAAUGAUCAUCGAAUUUCACAGAAGAUGCUAACUUAGGCUCUUGAUAGCUUUUAGUCGCUAAUAAGUGAUUUGGUGAGAUUUAGUGGCUCAUCUGCAUACUGGUAGAAAAGGCUAAAUUGUCAGCAUAUCACUGUUGAGUUAAACAGAGGUCCAAGUAUAUCCCACAUGUUGGUUUCCAUAAUCAGACAAUAUCCCUUACCUAGUCAGACAUUUCAGUUUUUAUGGAUCUACCUCUUAGUUUCAGCAGAUCUUUUGAAGCUAAUUUUUUGAGCAUCUUAUUAUGUCAGACUUGAAAAUCUUGACUUCUUGCAUCUCUAGGUCUUCAGACGGAAUAUUUGACGUUGGAUACCCAAUAAGGCUUGUUUUGAGGUUGACAUAUUAGAUGUCUAGGGCUUGGAGUUGUUCUCCCAGGAAGAAUUCAUUCGCUAUUGAGUGUUGUGGCCUCAAUGAAAGCUGUGUAGAACUUGCCUCAUAAUUUACUUCAGUUGAUGAACCUGACGCUUUAAUAUCUGGGUACAUAUCUGCGUGUAACGUCUCUUGUUCUUUGUCUUGAUUCUUUUAUAAGUGAAAGGUGAUAUUCUGUCCGCUGGAUAAUAUCCAAAAUGCAAAUAUGUAGCAGUCGUCCACAUCAAAGGACGCAAUAAUAAGGAAUGAAAGAAAUAUUUUGCUGAUGGACUGGGCCCGCAAACAGUGAAAAUACUUACUAAUUUAUUUAUUUUUAUAUUUUUUUACUGUAUUUCGUUUCGAUUUUUUGUCUUUUCCAGUCCUUUUUUUAUUCCCUUCCAUGAUUUUUAAGUCCCAUAAUUUUGAUCCUGUAGAAUGUGACCCAUUUUCUCAUUGAGUGAAGGGUACAAAAUAAAUCAGAUUGAUUUUUCGAUCAAAAGUAAUGAAAAGACAAACGUGGUCUACCUUGAGGUUUAUUUUACAUCAUCUCAUGAAAUUCUAGGAUCUUACAUGAGAUAAAUUCACGGAGGAUAUUUACCCAAAGUAUCAUCCCUCCAUGUGACUUUUCUCCUGUUCCCUCGACUACCUGAAUGUGUAGCUCUUUCUCUGCUGUCUUCAUCCGCAGAUGUCAUAUCAUUCUUAACUUCAUCUUGCUCCUCAGGCAUACAAAAUGGGGCAUUAUGAUAUUUUAUAUUAAAAAUGGAUGAAAAUGGUUUUGGAUUUGCAGUUUGGUUCGUUUUGGUGUUUAUCACGGUAUUCUUUUUACCAUCCAGUGAUUGGGAACACUGCUAUUGCCCAAGAAUGUGAAGGAUAUGAUUAACUAUUUUCUUUUGCUUGGACAUCAUCCAAAUCGUUUGCAAAUGUUUCGCAUAGUGCCAGCCGCAACAAUUUACCUGACUAUAUUUGCUAUGGUUUCUGCAGGUUUAUGAAAGGGAGUUGACAACACUUAAGAUACCGAAGUCCAUUGUAAAUGGAUCAGAUAUGCUUCUGAUGGAGUUUUCACAAUGUGGUAGUUGCUAUUAUUUGCUCAUGCACCUUGACAGGGAUUUUAGGCCACUUUUUAAAUUAUUGGAAACGCAAGCUGAUUCCGAUGGAGAUUCCCAUACUGGUGAAUGUAAACAUGUUGCACGAUAUAAUAAUAUUGACAUUAGUCAGAUAGGAGUUGUUGAAGAUGAAUUGAAUCUGAGCCUUUUUAAUUGGGAGAAGAUACAGUCGUCUUUAACUAUUACUGGAGAUUCUAAACAGACAUCAAAUCGUAGCCUGCUUUCUGAUGUCGAUUCAGAGAAUUUGUUGCACUAUAAAGGACGUUUACCGUCAAGUUUUUCAUCAAUAGUCGAUGAAGUGUUUGAGCUUGAGAAAGGUGCAUUGGAACACCGUCAGCCCGUCCAGAAUCACAUUUCGUCGUCACUGAUAGGCUCUAUUCAAGGAACUAGAGCUGGAAUAAGCUCUCCCAAGUGGGAAGGAGGAUCACAGUAUUCUCAGAAUGGCAGUGCAGUGAAGGUGUCUUCUGGUGGUUCUGCUAUAAAUACUCCUAAUUAUUCAUCGAACAACAUAAAGGGCUUGCUCCAGAGUGCACCUAUCAACUCUCUUUCUUCUACCCCACUGAGGUCUGCACAACUGUACCGGUUUUCGUCAUCACAGUCUAACCAGGAUUCGAGUCCUGUGAAGUCAAAUUUGCAGUCUGGUGGUAGUGGCCUUUAUUAUUCCAUUGACAAUGACCAAGAGAGACUGCAAAAUGUGUUGCCAAAAGAAGGAUGUGUAGAUAUUGUCGGAAGUCGGCCAGUUCAACUGGUAUCUUCAACCGCCACAUUAGGUUCUCGACUGCCAGUGAGUAACACCAAACUGAAUGGUGUUAAAAACUCACUGAGUGACCCCGCGGUUAGCCCUUUCAGAAUGGAUGGCUCCACACUAUCCACCGGCACUUCCAUAAGUAAGAUUGAGUGUCAUCAUGCUACCUACAGUUAGUUGUGUUCGUACUUUUUUAAUUUUUCCUUAUAUAUAAUUAUACAAUUUUGUACCAUUAGUUCACUGGGCAAAGGUCUGUGCUUUGCUAAUGUAUCGAUGGCUCAUAUUUCUCGUUCCUCAGGUGAUGAUGGUGUUUUGAGACGUGAUGAACGGUUACGAAAGCGUUCUUUUGCUGAUAUGGGAUCCCUUAUUCCAUCAUUGCAAGAAUUUUAUGCUACUCUGGGGUUGAGAAAGAGAAGGAAAAUUGGAGACUCCACUGCUUGUCAUUCUUCUGCUUCACAAAUACUCUCAUCCACUUUGAAAUCCAGAACUGAUGUACAUACUUAUGGGAGUAUACUUUCUGAAGCGAAUCAUGGGCUUGCUCCUCACAAUGUGUAUGUCUCAGCUCUUCUCCAUGUGGUCAGGCAUUGUUCACUUUGUAUAAAGCAUGCUCAAGUAACAAGUCAGAUGGAUGCGCUUGAAAUCCCGUAUGUUGAAGAAGUGGGUCUGCAUAUUCCAUCCUCAAACUUGUGGUUCCGGUUACCAUUUGCUAGAGAUGACUUGUGGGAUCAUAUAUGCUUGUGCUUAGGGAAACUUGGAAGCAUGACUUGGGAUGUUAAAGUUAAUGAUCCAUAUUUCAAGGAGUUGUGGGAGUUACAAAAAGGGAGCACCAGUACAGGAUGGGGUUGCGGUGUUAGAAUUGCAAAUGUGUCAGAUACAGACUCUCAUAUCUGCUUUGAUCCGGAAGGUGUUGUACUUAAUUACGAAACUGUUGAAAUUGAUAGCAUCAAAAAGCUAGUUUCAGAUCUUCAAAGGCUCUCUAAUGCACGCUUAUUUGUCCGUGGGAUGCGAAACUUGCUUGGAGUAAGAUCUGAUGACAAGUUUGAAGAGAGCUCUGAUACCAAGGUACAAUCCUCAGGAAAAGGUAGUUUGGAGAUUGGAGAUAAGAUAUCAGAACAGAUAAAGAGGACCUUCAAGAUCGAAGCAGUUGGUCUGAUGAGUCUGUGGUUUUGUUAUGGUACAAUGCCUGUUAUGGCACACUUUGUUGUUGAGUGGGAAGCAGGUAAGGAAGGCUGUACAAUGCAUGUAUCUCCGGAUCAACUGUGGCCUCAUACUAAGGUAUGUUUUCCCUUUUUUUUUUUUUUUUUUCUUGCUUUUAAACAUAAUUUUUUUGAUUCUCGACUGUUAAGAUCUAGGAUUGAAGGGUAUUUAUCUUAAAAUAAGAAAACAUCGUUGUCGCUAAUUUGUUUCCUAGGGCUCUCUGUCAUGUUAUGAUAAGAAUAGGGAUGGAUGCUAGACGAAAUAUCUGUAAUUUACGUUUAAUCAACUAUUAUAUUUCUUACUUGGAAUAUGAACGUGUGAAUCAACUAAAGUCUGUUUCACACUCUGAUUAUGCUAGUCUCCUUGGGGAUGUUACUCUUUAGUUGAAGGUUUACCUCUUUGGGUAAAUAGUAACUUGUUUACUGACGUACUUUGGUCUUUUUAGUUUAGAAUACACGGAAAAGUUGAUGUCAAUGACUAAGCUGACUCUCCGUUUGGAAUGAUAAGGUUCUUGAUGCAGCUAGUCCCUGAUUCUGUAUUUCAAAAUUAUUGGUACGCUGUCUGCCGUCCGGUGGGGUAGUGGGCAAUUUUCUCCAUCUUGGGGUGUGGAACUGGGGCUAGCAGCCAGCUCCGGGUACCUUGAUGCUUUUGCAGCUUGUGGUAUUAAAUAACUAGGAAGGAAAUUCGGAUUUAAUGCUGGGAAAGUGUUUCAGCAAUUUCAACGAACUGAUUUUGAGUUAUUCUGCUAAGUACAUUCAGUUUGUUGCCUGGUUUUUUUUUUAAUGCACAAAGUUCAGCGUUUUAUGCAUGGUGGUCGCAGAAACUCAGUUUUUGAAUUUUUAUCUUCAUCAUGCAGUUUUUAGAGGAUUUCAUCAAUGGUGGUGAGGUCGCAUCGUUUCUGGAUUGCAUUCGUCUUACGGCUGGACCUUUGCUUGCUCUUGCUAAUGCCAUACGUCCUGCGAGGAUGCCAGGUCCUGUUGCUUCUGUUCCACCGCCUAUCCUGAAACAGAAUGGUUUUGGACACUCCCAGGGGCUAUUGCAAAAUACUUCAUCAGCGGGUACUAACCAGCCUGCAUCUUAUGGCCCUGUGGCUGGUGCUUCUUUAGCUCCAAUGGCUAAUCAUGGCCUUCACAGUACGGCCAUCUUAUCUGCUGUUCCUGGGAGAGGCGGCCCUGGAAUCGUUCCCAGCUCGCUGCUUCCCUUUGAUGUCUCUGUUGUGCUUCGAGGUCCAUAUUGGAUACGCAUUAUCUACCGCAAAAAAUUUGCAGUAGACAUGCGUUGCUUUGCUGGGGAUCAGGUUUGGCUACAGCCCGCCACGCCUCCCAAGGGAGGAGCUGCCACAGGAGGCUCACUGCCAUGUCCACAGUUCCGGCCUUUCAUCAUGGAACAUGUUGCUCAGGGGCUGAAUGCUCUGGAACCCAGUUUCCCUGGUGGUGCUCAUGCAGGUGGUCUAAUGGGCUCAAAUAAUCCCAACCCAGCUCUGGGUUCUCAGCCUUUAGUUUCUGGUGCUAACCGUGUUGGCAUUACAGCUUCCGGUGGAAUGCAGAGACCAGCUUCCAUGGGUGGAGCUCAGGGAACUGGCAGCUUGAACCGAGUUGGGAACAAUGUGUUGCCAUCUUCAGCUUUGGCUGCAGUGGGGCCGGGGUUGCCCUUCCGCAUAUCUCCAGUGCAUCUGAGAGGGGAGCUCAAUACGGCUUUCAUUGGACUUGGGGAUGAUGGAGGCUACGGAGGAAGUUGGGUUCCCCUUGCUGCACUUAAGAAGGUGCUGAGGGGCAUUUUGAAGUACCUCGGAGUGCUGUGGUUGUUUGCUCAGCUGCCUGAGCUUUUAAAGGAAAUACUUGGUUCAAUUUUAAAGGAGAACGAAGGGGGCAUGCUCAAUUUGGAUCAGGAGCAGCCAGCUCUGCGCUUCUUUGUUGGGUAAGAGAGAGAAAGUAAAUUUCCUUGCCUUGUCAGUAUUUUCAUCUCUUAACCCGUCUCUGAUAUGCAUUGAAUAAAUAAACUUCCAGACUGUAUAGUUACAUUUAUUUUCUCACAGUGGUUUACAGUUCACCUGUAAUGUUAUCUCAUAUCCAUUGCAUGAUUUGAAAUUGCUAAUUGUAUUCUCUCUGUUUUUUUUCUCUGCAGUGGUUAUGUCUUCAGUGUUAGUGUUCAUAGGGUCCAAUUACUUCUGCAAAUCAUAAGUGUGAAGCGGGUUCAUCACCCACAGCAACCGCAACAGCAGGCCCAAACUAGUGCCCAGGAGGAAUUAGCCUCGUCUGAAAUAAUUGAGAUAUGUGAUUACUUCAGUCGACGGGUCGCCUCGGAGCCCUAUGACACCUCUAGGGUUUCAUCCUUCAUCACUCUUCUCACCCUCCCCAUCUCAGUGCUCCGAGAAUUUCUGAAGUUGAUUGCCUGGGAGAAGGGACUAUUUCAAAGUGGAGAAGUAACCCCAGCGCAGAGGGCCCGUGUCGAGCUGUGCUUGGAGAACCAUUCUGGUUCCGCAGCAGAAGAGAGCACCAAGUCUCCUGCAUCAAAGAGCGACAUCCACCAUGACAGAGCUCACAGUUCAGUCGACUUUGGCCUGACCUUUGUUCUUGAUCCUGCUCUCAUACCUCAUAUAAAUGCAGCUGGUGGUGCUGCCUGGCUUCCCUACUGCGUCUCAGUCCGGCUAAGGUAUUCGUUUGGAGACUCUUCAGUCAUUUCUCUUAUGGGAGUGGAGGGAAGCCAUGGCGGAAGAGCUUGCUGGUCGCGACUGGAGGACUGGGAGAGAUGCAAGAUAAGGGUUGCUCGAGCAGUCGAAUUUGCCAACACUAAUGCUGUGGUGGAGAACCAGGGCCGGCUCAGAUCAGUUGCUGAGACAUUGCAAAAAUCACUGCAAAUGCAGUUGCAGCAGCUGAGGGAUGGGACUCCCACUUCUACCUCCGUGACAUCCUAA